AUGGAACUUAUACAAAAACUUUCGAGUCACAAAAAUGAGACAGGAAGUGCAGAUCAAGAAGAAUAUCCUUAUGUUGUUUUAGGACGCCAUUAUCCACCACAAAGUGAUUCGGCCAACAAUAUUGAUGACAACAGUUUUUUCAAAACUUUCUUUAAUAGGAAUAGCAAUUUAAAUCAAGAUUUUUUGUCUGACGUUAACUCAAGACUAGCAUUUACUUAUAGAACAAAAUUUCAACCAAUAUUAAGGUCAUCUGAGGGACCUUCACCUUUGAACUUUCGCAUGAUCUUCAGAGAUAAUCCAAUCAACACGUUAGAAAAUGUAAUAAAUAAUCCUGAUUGUUUUAAUACAGAUAUAGGCUGGGGCUGCAUGAUACGAACUGGUCAAUCUCUGUUGGGAAACGCUUUACAACUUGCCAAAUUAGGAAGGCAUUUUCGACUUGAUAACAAAAUGGGUAUCAAAGACGAUGAAAUCAUUAGUUGGUUCAGAGAUACCACACAAGAACCAUUUUCGAUACAUAAGUUUGUUGAAAAAGGCAAUAAGUUAGCGAAUAAGAAACCCGGAGAAUGGUUUGGACCAGCAGCUACAUCAAUCAGUAUACAGAGCUUAAUUGAAGAGUUUCCAGAAUGUGGAAUAGAUAAGUGUCUGGUGUCGGUUUCAUCCGGCGAUAUAUUCGAAGAUGACGUACGGGAGAUAUUUGAGGAAAACAUGGAUAGCAAAAUUUUAUUUUUAAUGGGUGUAAAAUUGGGACUUGACGCUGUAAACUCAUUCUAUUGGGAAGAUAUAUUAAAUAUCUUAGAUUCGAAAUUUUCUGUUGGGAUUGCUGGAGGUAGGCCGUCCUCCUCAUUAUAUUUUUUUGGGCAUCAAGGCAAUGAGUUACUUUAUUUUGAUCCACAUAGACCUCAGCCUUCAUUGGUAGAUCCGUCAGUAUAUGAAACAUGUCAUACAACAAAUUUUGGUAAACUAGACAUUAAGGAUAUGGAUCCGUCGAUGUUGAUUGGAAUUUUAAUAUCGGGAGAACAAGAAUGGGAAACUUGGAAAUCUUUAGUUAAUACUUCUCAAAUUAUAAACAUAUCAGAAAAACGUUUGGAUGAAAUUUCUAAUUUUGGUGAUUUUGAUGUGGAUAGUAUGGCGUCUUCUUCCAAUUCAUUUGAAGUUAAAUCAGUCAAUCCGCUCGAUAGCGACUACGUUGAUCUAGGAAGCAUAUUGUACGGACAUGAAACGUAUCCAAGAACAAGUCUAAGUGAGUAUCAGAAUGUGCAAUGUAAAAAACAGAAAAUCAUAGUUUUAGAGAGCAGGACCAUGAAUUCAUGCGACUUAGAUGUUGAAAUUGAACCCGUACUCGUAGAACAGGAUACUGUCGGAAUUGAAACCUCGGAAAAUAUGGCACCGUGA